UUUCCACAAGCAAAUUAUUAUUACAAAAAGAAACCAAGAGAACAGAAUAAAACCCUGUUCCCACUCACACAUUGGUCUCACUCCCCUAAUUUUCUUCAGUUCCUCUGCAGUUCCCCUCACACCCUCUUCGCCGGCGCGUUCAAUUCACGCCUUCUCUCUCGUAGUUCCCCGGUUUUCUUCCAAUGGAUGCCACAAUGCCGAAUUCUCAGCGCAGACCAUUUUCAAUUAAGCUGUGGCCUCCAAGUGAGAACACAAGAAGAAUGCUGGUGGAAAGAAUGACGAAUAAUCUUUCUAGUCCAACCAUUUUCACUCGCAAGUACCGCAGUCUAUCCAAGGAAGAUGCUGCCAAAAAUGCUGAGCAAAUUGAAGAUGCAGCUUUUACCAUUGCAAGUCAACAUUAUGAGAAGGAGCCUGAUGGUGAUGGGAGUUCCGCUGUGCAGCUUUAUGCCAAGGAGUGCAGCAAGCUUAUCCUGGAGAUUUUAAAAAAGAGCCCCAAAACAGAGGAAAAGGAGAUUUCAAUUUCUGAGGUGGUUCCUGCUGUUCAGCAGAAUCUUUUCGAUAUCUCGAAAGGUCAAAGAGCAUUUAUUGAAGCUGAAGAGGCUGAAGAACUUUUGAAGCCAUUAAAAGAGCCUGGAAACCCUUACAGCAAAAUUUGUUUCAGUAAUAGAAGUUUCGGUCGAGGCGCGGCAUGUGUUGCGGGCCCUAUCUUGGCAUCCUUGAAGGAUCAAUUGACAGAAGUUGAUUUGUCAGAUUUUGUUGCUGGAAGAGUUGAGGCAGAAGCACUUGAUGUCAUGAAUAUGUUCUCAGAAGCUCUAGAAGGUUCUAACUUGAAGUUUCUGAAUCUCUCUGACAAUGCUCUGGGCGAGAAGGGAGUUAGAGCAUUUGGAAAGCUCCUUCAGUCUCAAACCAACUUGGAGGAACUAUUUUUGAUCAACGAUGGGAUCUCACAGGAAGCUGCAAGGGCUGUUAGCGAGCUAGUUCCUUCCACCGGGAAGCUUAAGAUUCUUCAUUUUCAUAAUAAUAUGACAGGUGAUGAAGGGGCUGUUGCCAUUGCUGAAAUUGUGAAGCGCUCCCCUUUAUUGGAAGAUUUCAGGUGCUCUUCUACAAGGGUAGGCUCUGAAGGAGGGAGUGCCUUGUGUGAAGCACUUGGGAUGUGCUCCCAUUUGAAGAAGCUUGAUUUGCGGGACAAUAUGUUUGGUCCAGAAGCUGGUCUUGUGCUAAGUAAGGCACUCAGCAAACAUGAAAAUCUUACAGAAGUUUACCUGAGCUACCUUAAUUUAGAGGAUGAAGGAGCAAUUGCAAUAGCUAACGCUCUCAAAGAUUCAGCCCCUUCACUUGGUGUCUUGGAGAUGGCAGGUAAUGAUAUAACUGGGGAAGCUGCUCCAGCAAUAGCCUCUUGUAUAGCUGCAAAGCAAUUUCUUUCAAAGCUAAGCUUGGGUGAGAAUGAACUUAUGGAUGAAGGUGCAAUUGAGAUUGCUAAGGCUCUUCGAGGACACAACCAUCUGGAGGAAGUUGAUAUGAACACGAACGCACUAAGAAGGGCUGGGGCUAGAGUGCUGGCUCAAACCGUGCUGCACAAAGAUCAGUUUAAAUUACUAAAUGUUAAUGGGAAUUUCAUCUCAGAAGAAGGUGUUGAUGAGUUGAAAGACAUCUUUAAGAAAUCUCCUGAACUGCUUGCAUCCUUGGAAGAUAAUGACCCGCUGGGAGAAGAUGACGAUGACGAGGACGAGGAAGAGGAGAAGGAAUCUGGAGGUGAAGGCAAAGACGGUGAGGAUGAACUGGAAUCAAAACUCAAAAACCUGGACGUCAAGUGAGAUGAGAGUCUCGGCGCACCAGAUAGCAAUUAGAAUCCGGUAUUUGUUGACUUCUGCAUGUUGCAGUUUUGGUUUUGCCAUCUUUUGUUUAUGCCAAGCUGGCCAUAUUAUGUUCCUCCAGCAGGUGCUAACAUAUAAUUCCAUCAGUCAUUUAAAUUUGGUGGGAUGAACUGUUGCUUUAUUGGUCAACUUAGGUCUAGCUAAAUUAUGUAGGCUACUGGAGAAAACAAUUAUUUAUGUUGAACUUUUUGGGGUUAUGUAGACGGAUAAUCUCACCCUUUUUUAUUCCUCUAUUGCAUUUGACUUGUUUGGUUUUAUAAGCGAA